AUGUCUCGCUACUUCCCCCACACGGCCUACGCAGAAGACCAGCCCCUCGCCGGCACGAUCCUCACAGUCCACGUUCUCACGCGUGGCUACACAACCGGCACGGUAGUGGGUCUCGGCGUCGCGGCCGCGAGUGGAGCCGCUCGCCGACUCCGCGGCACAAAGCCCGUGCCAGCCACCGCCGUCGCCGGUACCCCGUUCUCCACAUCGGCAACGACAGCACUCCGAAGCGCAGGCGGACUACACACCCUCCUUCGUAAAUCAGGCACCGCCAGCGCUGUCGGCCUAGGCCUCACCGGCGUCGCCACGGUGGCGAGGAUGUACGGCCGCGAGGACAUUGAGUGGCGCGAUCGCGCAUGGAGGCUGAUGGAGAGCCGGAGCCAGCUGGAAGUGGACGACUGGACGUACGGUGGUGCGGCUGCGGGUGUUGCGGCACUUGGUAUCGCGAGGGCGGCUGGUAUGAAGGGGAGUGCGCUCGGUGUGAGGGUCGUUGCUGGCGCUGCUGGGUUGGGGAGCCUUGCGGGCACGGUUGGGUAUAUGGUUUGGAGGUACGGUGUGCAUGGAGGGAAGUAUCCCGAUUAUGUCGAUCCCGAAGUUGCGUUGUCGAGGGUGUGA